AUGAACGCUAGCGCAAAAUCCGUGUUGAUAAACUUUGCGAGCCUGUGUACGAGCUCUUGGGGAUUGUAUGGGGCCGCGAGCGUAGCACUCCCUUCAAGUCUGGCCAGAGCUGGACACCGACAGUUUUUGACGAAUAUUGCGGUAACGAUUACGAUCAUCAACAAUUUGGUGAACUUGGUGUCGCAUUUGCGGUUUGGACGUGGGCUCAAGCACGCAAGCAGGCAGUUUACGCUGCCGAUGGCUUUGGUGCUGGAGACAGUGGUGGCCGCGGUGUACUGGCCCUUGAGACUAUUCUUUCUUCCGCUCAUAAUGCACAACGUCAACGACAACUCACGCAUGCCGCUUUCGGUACCGGUGGACUGCGCCAUUCAUUUGAUGCCCUUGGUAUUCCUCGCGCUGGAUUACCUGGUCGUGGAGUCGGCACCUUUCCAAAUGUCGCUGAAACGGGCCUGGGUUAUUGUCACCGCGCUGGGACUAGGCUACAAUCGAUACCUGACAUGGCUGAUCGAUCGCGAUGCGGGUGAGGUUUAUCCGUACCCAUUCCUGGAUGUUCCGGAGCCUUUCAAGAGCGCGAUUUUUGUGGCCGUGACUAACGUCGCGUGGGGGUUCUACGUGAUGUACAAGCGAGCCCACUUGUCGAUGCGCCGAAAGCCAAAGGUAAAUUGA